AAAAGGAUUUGUUUUUGUUUGUUUUGGCUUGGGCUUUUGUUCUCGUUUUGGUUUAUUUUGCACUUUGUUUUGUGUUUUGCUUAUGGUUUCAGAGGCCCCGGUCCACAGUUGGUCGAGGUGAAGAGAGGCUGGAGCAUGAGGUAGGAUGUGACCAAGCACAGAUUCUUACCUCCUAGCAUCCCAGAAGCAGAGAGACAAGGAGGGGCCAAGGACAGGAUACUGCCUUCGAAUAUAAUUCCAUAGGAAAAUAUUCCUCCACACUUAGAUCCCACUGCCUGCUUUAGUCAACCUUCUGAGAGCAUCGCUGGCUUACAAACCCAUCAGUGGGUUAGUCACGGGAUGAGGUCAUAGGCCUUGUGAUCCAGUCACCUUUAAAGAGUUCAUCCUUGGGCACCAAAGCCUUUAAUCUCUGAGACAUUGCAAAAUCUGGGUAUAUCAGCAGGACUAAAAAGACUUCAUGGAAGUGACCAGUAUGUAUAACAGACACUAACUGGAGUAGACUAUUGAACUUUUAGGACAUGUCUCCAAAGAGCCGGAGCAGACUUUUCCUUUUUCCUUUUUUGCUCGUUAGGAUGCAGAUGUGAAGGCUGGACCUGGUACAACAGCCAUGAGGAAGGAGGCCGAGAACGGCAGAUGUACUGGGGCCUCUCAGACUCUGGGAUGGUCAGACAACCUUCAUAUAAACUCAUCUCUUUGAACUUUAACUGAUGACAGAAGGUCGUGGGGUCAUCGAUAACGUACAGAGAUUCUCUUCGUUGCCUCCGUACCUACCCGUGAGCUUCCACAUCCUCAGAGCCGAGACCGCCUUCUUCCUGAAGGAGGCUAACCCGGACCUGCUACGGAAUGCCAGCCUGCAGUCCAGGGUGGAGUCUUUCUUCACCUACAAGGCCAGGCAGCCCCCAGUAUUAAAUGCCAGCUAUGGGCCAUACUCUGCGGAAAAAGUCAUACCUCUGGACUUGAUGUUGAACCCUAACUUUUUAGGCCCAACCAAUAAGUUUCCUUUUGACUGGAGGCUGAAGGCCUACAUCCUCCGGGAGAAAGUCUACCUGAGCCGGCCCAAAGUGCAGGUGCUCUUCCACAUCGUGGGCCGAGACUGGGAUGACCGCAGGGACGAGAAGCUGCCCUGCUUGCGGGUCUUUGCUUUCCGAGACACCCAGGAAGUUCGAGGCAGCUGCCGUCUGGGUGGGGCCCUGGGGUUGUGCGUGGCCCAGCUGGAGAUGCUGCCGGGCUGGUUCAAUCCCCCGACGGUGGUGUCCGGGCGCAGGAGGCCCACAGAGCAGCCAGAGGGGAGCCGCGUGGAACUGUACUACGCUGUGCAAACGGGAGACGAGCGAGAGGAUUGCUCUGGAGGUGACACCAGAAAGGACAAUGCCAUCCGUCCAGGAAAGGAUGGACAGGAGGACAGGACGUCCCACCUGCAGAAGAUUGGCACCGUGGGCCUCUAUCGCACCCAGGACAGCACCCAGCUCAGCGAACUGCGUUUGGAUGGCAAUGUGGUCAUCUGGCUGCCCUCCCAGCCUGUCAAGCAGGGAGACAUAGUCACUGCUUCUGUCACCAUCUCCAAUAACUCUACUGUGGACCAUUUCAUCCUAAGAGCCAAGGUGAAGAAAGGGGUGAACAUUCUGUCUGCACAGACCAGCGAGCCUCGGCAGUGGGAUGUGAGGCAAGAGGUGGGGAAUGGAGGAAAGCACACCACCACCUCCGUGGCCUGCCAGCGCCUAGGCCCUGGGGCCCGCAAUAGAAGCAGCAAUUUAUUCAGUGAGGUCAUGCAGAUGAAUUUUGAAAUCGCCAGCUUUAGCAGCCUCUCAGGGACACAGUCCAUCACAUGGCAGGUGGAGUACCCAAGGAAGGGGACCACAGACAUCGCUGUGUCUGAGAUCUUCAUCAGCCAGAAGGACCUGGUCGCCAUUGUCCCCCUCGCUAUGGACACUGAACUCCUGAACACAGCCAUCCUCACAGGGAAGACGGUGGCCAUGCCUGUCAGGGUGGUGUCGGUGGAGGAGAACAGCACAGUGAGGGACAUCUCAGAGCUGGUGGAGUGCAAGGCCAUGGAUGAGGAUGUCAUCAAGGUCUCAGACCACUGUGACUAUGUCUUUGUCAAUGGCAAAGAGAUCAAGGGCAAGGUAGACUCUGUGGUGAAUUUCACCUUCCAGCACCUGAGCGCACCCCUGCCUGUCACUGUGUGGGUGCCACGGCUUCCCCUGCAGAUCGAGGUCUCUGAUACAGAACUCAGCCAGGUUAAGGGCUGGCGGGUCCCCAUCGUCGCCAGCAAGAGGCCCACUCGGGACAGCGAAGAGGAGGAGGAAGAAGAGCAGAGAGGCCGGGGUUGUGCAUUACAGUUCCAGCAUGCCACAGUCCGAGUCCUUACCCAGUUUGUAUCAGAGGGUGCUGGGCCCUGGGGCCAGCUGAGCCACCUUCUCAAUUCAGACUGGCAGUUUGACAUUACCCACCUGGUAGCUGACUUCAUGAAGCUGGAGUCCCCGCACAUAGCCACCCUAGAGGACAGCAGGGUCCUGGUUGGCCGGGAAGUCGGGAUGACCACCAUCCAGGUCUUGUCCCCACUGUCCGACUCCAUCUUGGCAGAAAAGACAGUAACUGUGCUGGAUGACAAAGUGUCUGUGACACACUUGGCUGUCCAGGUGGUGGCUGGGCUGUCUGUCACCCUGCACCCCAUCUCAGAGAGUGGCAGGGCCACCACAGCUGUGGCCACAGCUGAAGAGCUGCUGCGUGCCCCAAAACAGGAAGCUAUAGUCAGCACAUGGCUCCAGUUCAGUGACGGCUCAGUGACACCCCUGGACAUCUAUGACAUGAAGGACUUCUCCUUGACUGCCAUCUCUCUGGAUGAGGCUAUUGUGUCCAUUCCACAGCCCUUCUCACCUUGGUGGCCCACCGUGGUGGCUGAAGGAGAAGGACAGGGCCCACUGCUCCGAGUGGACAUGUCCAUCGCUGAGGCCUGUCAGAAAUCCAAGCGCAAGAGCGUGCUGGCUGUGGGCAUUGGCCACGUUGGGGUCAAGUUUGGGUGGGAUGAUGCUGACUCCAGCCAGACUAGAGAUAAGGAUGAGGAAGAAAUCAAGAACCAUGCCAGUGAUCGCCGGCAGAAGAUUCAGGACCUGGAACGCCCAGGCCAGGGUGAACUAUACCAUGGCAACUCUCCUGGGGAUCGUGAAGAAGGAGCCCUGCUGAGUGCCACCACGACCACCAAGUCCCUAUUAGAUAACAAGGUGGGGAAGAGCGGCAGGCUGGAUGGAGCCAGGCUACACAGCAUCCCUAUAGACUUCACCAACUUUCCAGCCCAUGUGGACCUCCCCAAAGCUGGGGGCUCACUGGAGGAGAAUGGCCUGAUGCAGACAGCCCACAGCCUGAGUGACCUGGAGAUUGGGAUGUAUGCUCUGCUGGGAGUCUUCUGCCUGGCCAUCCUUGUUUUCCUCAUUAACUGUGCUACCUUCGCCUUCAAGUAUAGGCACAAACAGGUGCCUCUGGAAGGUCAGGCAUCCAUGACCCACUCUCAUGACUGGGUGUGGCUUGGCAAUGAGGCGGAGCUCCUGGAGAACGUUGGGAAUGUGUCACCACCCCAGGACGAGCACACGACCAUCAUAGACCGAGGGCUGGGAGGCUUUGAGGAAAGCAACCACUUGCUCCUCAAUGGUGGCUCCCAAAAGCACAUGCAGAGCCAGGUCCACAGGCCACCAGGCUCUGGGGGGCGGCAGGGCAGGGAGUCCAGGCAGGAGCCUGCAAACUCACCCACCUCCAAGAUGAAGAAGGUGAAAUUUGCCACCUUCACCAUCCCACCCGAGGACAGCUGCCCCACAGUGAACUCCAUCCUUGGUGGUGAAGAUGACAUCAAGUGGGUUUGCCAAGACCUGGAUGUGGGCGCCCCCAAGGAGCUCAGAACCUACCUGGAGAAAUUCCAAGACAACGUGUAGCGCUCUGGCCACCUCGCCCACAUGGGACAGUGUCGCCCUUCCCUCCCUCAGCAGAGCAGCUGGGUGGAGGGAGGUUUCAGUGGACUGAGUGAGGAAGGACGAGGACCAUAUAAUACCAGCCAGUGGUUUAGAAGCUGGGAAGGGAUGUUUUUAUAAAGGGUUUUUUUUAGCAGUUGAAGAUGGUAGAUUUUCAGAAGUUUGAGUCUCUGACUCUGCAGGGAGGCAGAGUGGAUUUAAGACAGAACUGCUCAGAAGUGACAGAGUUAUUUUAUGAAUCAAACUACACUGCAGACAAGCUACCAAAAAUAUUUGUUAAAAAAAUACAAAAAGGCAAAUAAAAAGACACAAAUGACUUUCGCUUUAUAUUUCUAAUAAAGGGAAAAAAUGUAAAAACGGGGCUUGCUAAGAGAACGCCUUCAUUUUAAUUCAAUGUUCAUGUUUCUGAGGACAGUCCAGGUCUGGUGCCCAAGGGGAGGCACAUCUGAACACUGAUCAGAAGGAGAAUUUUACAUUUGGGUCCACAUCUCAUUUGCUUCCAGGUUUCCUUCUAGUGUCCUAGGCUUCCAUUUGAUUUCAUGUUUAUUUCUGAGGACCAAGUGGUAUAUUUUCCUAAAUGAAAUAUAAAUUACAUUUCUAUUCAUUACAUGAGGGUUUUUUUCCCUCUUUUUAGGAAGACCAUCAAUGAACCCAUUCUUUAUGCUGUAACACUAACCUGUUUUUAUAUCUCUCCCCUGCUUUGUUGAUAUUUCCUGGCUUGUUUGUAUUUGUAUUUGUUUUUGUUUUUUAAACAAUAUAGGAAGUGCUCAGUUCAUUCCAUGGGGGGAGUGAGCCCCACAGUCCAUCAGCUGGGUCAGGCCAGUGGGUGGAAUACUGUCUGAAUAGGACAAAAGAGCAGAACGCAGCCUGUGACACCUGGCCACUCCCUGUGGAGUCGGGGAAACAGUGUCUCCAUCAGUGUGCGCAGAGGGAUCCCUCUCUGUGGAGAGGUCUUAUCUCUCCAUAAGCGCAGGGUGUACAGAGUCAGGCAGACAGCCCGUGUCCACCACAAGAUACAGCCAACACCAUACUGAACAAAACAGAAAAGACAUUUGGGGGUAGGACUGAGUUUUCUGAUCUUAUCGAGCAGGGUGAACCAGCAUAAACUCAAAAACGAUAAAAAUCUAUGUUAGAUUGUCAAUCAAACUGUGGCUUUAAACAGUGUGGCUGUGUAACAGCAGGACAUGGCAUCACAUUCACUCAAGGCAGAGUGUUUGCAUGAAAAUCAGGAUGGAGCAGAUGAACUCCUAGGAUGUCCGCAGCCUGGGAUUCGCCAUCCUUCAGCUGAGGGAGAGGACAUUGGGUACUGGGACCCUCAGCAGAGCAGCAUUCACAGAGAUACCAGGGGAUGGCCAUUGUUUUAAUUUUUUUUUUAUUACUAAAAUCAGUAGCUAAGAAAAGGUCCUGGAAGCCUGGUGACCUUGGUUGGACCUUUGAUACAUAUAUUUGUAGCAUUUACAAUAGAUUUUAAAAAGCUAUUUAUUUAUACCUGUGGUGGCAGUUGUCAUUAAAACACUUGCCAUGGCUUCACAAGUCAGUGUCUCAUGGGAUUUUCUUAUUUUAUCUACUUCCUGUCGUCCAAUCCUGACAGGUACAGGCCUGCUGCAGAAUUCGCCUUUUAAAGAAGAAACAGCACCCUUGCC